GGGAAGAUGUCCGGCGGAAGAGAGGGAAGGUGUCCGGCCGAAGAGAGGGAAGGUGUCCGGCCGAAGAGAGGGAAGGUGUCCGGCCGCCACGGCCGGUGGUAGUUUCACAAACAGCUCUGUGCUUAUUAGUCAGCGGUGCUGUGCGAGAUCUGGUGGGUUGCGUGUCAUCUCCCGCGCUCUGCACCAGAGAUAAGUGCGGCCUGGAGAUUUCUGCGUGACUUGCCCUGGGUGUCGCCGCCGGGCGGGGGCCGCAUCCUCACCCGCCCGCCUGGGAUCCCGGCGCAGUUUCGAGGGCAGGGGCCUAAGAAAGACAACCCCAAAUUACCAACCCAAAAGGAGGCAGGAUAGCGAAUAUUCAUCUAGAAGGAAAAAAUAAAUCUCAACGAAUGACACAUUUAAAGAUGCUGACAAAUGCGAUACACAUCACAAAAUCCAGGAAAAUACUUCUAUUAACCCACCUUUUUCCCCAUGUAUUUCUGAUUGCAUAUUCUGCUUCUUCAUUGAUACUAAUCUUGAAAUAUUUUCUCCAGAGAGAAGAGCAAGAUAAAUCAGUCGUUAGUAUGGUUGAUGGAAUUUAUGAUUGACAUCUUAGGAAAGUUUCAUUCAGUUUCGUCACUUAACCACAUUUGUGUGCUUGUGCUGAUGUGAUUACCAUAGUAUGUGGUUGAGAAUAAAAGCAUUGCUGAGCACCAGGAGGUCUCUUAGAGGGGGCUCUUCACCUCCUUUCAGCCUGCACAGCAAUUCUAUCAUGAUGUCCUGCGGAAAUUUAGGUGGGGGUGUAGGUGGAGGGUGAGAACUUCAGGGCUCAUGUAGCGUGUGUGUCCACAAAAUGUGUCGCGUUGUGCUGGACACAGAGAUGUGCUGGCCUGAUUCCCCUUAAGAUGCCACAGCUGCUGGGAGGGCAGUUGGCAGGGGCCUUCAGUUGGCAGCCUAUUCUGGGAUGAUUCAGUUGCAGAGAACUCCCUCACCCAAGGUCCUGCUGCCCCAGGGUGGCCCAGCGCCAGUGACUGAUCCAGGUGGGAACAGGAAGGCUGUGUCAUUUCAGUCUGAUGGAAGAAAACCCUGGGCCACUUUAUCUUCCGAGCUCUCAAUUCCAUGGAGUUGGAUGGGGUAACCUACCAAUCCUGUUUCUUUCCCUUCCUUCCUCCCUAUAUAAACAUCCUCUCUGAGUCUUCUCCAGUUGCAGGAUCUACACAUUUAAUCUGUACCUUUUCCAAUUUUCACAAACAGGCCGGGUGUCUUCCUCCUCCUUCUUCAGGAGUGUUCAGAAACUUAACAUGCUCUUCCUUGGACUCUGUGCUUCCUACACAUAAUUUACUUUUCAAACAUCUAACUGGGCCCAUUUAGAAACUUGAGACCUUGAAUAAGAUUUUCUUUUUUUGAGUUUUGGACGACUGACUCUUCCAUUGUUACCAGAUAGAGUUGUCCGGGUUCUUGGUGUGUUGAACAAAGAAUGAACAAAACACACAGUUACAAAGGAAUGAAGCAACGAAAAACAAAGCAACAGGAGAACAGAGUAAGGAAAGCACAGAUUCAUUGAAGAGAAUUCGCAGAGUGAGAGCGAACUGGAGCACGCAGCUUAACAGCCUCUUCAAUUAAGGUUUUUAUAAAGCCAAAAGAACUUGGCAACACCUCUGGGUACCCUUUAGAGGCCUCCAAUUGGUUACACCCUAUGAAGGAUUGGCCUGCGACUAAUCAGAGCCUAAAGUGGAAACUUGGCCUGCAGUCAUUCAGGGGCUGAAGUGGAAACUUCUUUCUUGUUAUCACAGGAGUGAAGAUGUGGCCUAUGUCCUGCCCAAUCUUGCUUAAAACUGGCUGCACCUGCUGUUCUCUUGCUUAUGUGAACUGGCUGCAUCUGCUAUUCCUUUGCUUAUGCCUCAGCCCUUGGCUACCCCAGUUCCCUAUUCUCCUGCCUCACUAUGACUCUCUAACAAGCACGAUAGUACCGGUUUUCAAAACUGGCGUCUCCCAGGGCUUAUUCUCUAUUCCUGGGAAACCAUUCCAAGAUUUCCUUUGCUGGCUUCACUGACAAUCCAAGCAUCUGCCUCUGUCCUAGGAGUUUGGGGGCAGCUUCAGUGGAAAGAUUUCUCAAUCUCAAGUUCAAGUCUUUAAUUGAAGUCGAAAACAUACUUGCUUUAGCCAGACUCCUUCUGAGCCAGCCAAAGUCUAUGCAUUAACCCUUACUGUUCUGACCUGGUGGUCUUCCAGUUGUCUCUGACUGGCUUUCUCCAUCCCAUGGUCCAAAGUGGUGCUCCAGCUAAGGAAAGAAGAACCCUGCAUCAUGCUUCUCAUGUGAUGCUGUAGCAGGACAAGCCACAGACAAAACCCCUCAGACACCGAGUUAAAGAAGGAAGGGCUUUAUUCAGCUGGGAGCUUCAGCAAGACUCAUGUCUCCAACAACCGAGCUCUCCCGAGAGAGCAAUUCCUGUUCCUUUUAAUGGCUCACAACUCUAAGGAGGUCCGUGUGAGAGGGUCGUGAUCGAUUGAGCAAGCAGGGGGUGAAGAAAUAAGCUCAGAGAAGUUACAAAAGUUGCUCAAGAUUACACAGAACCUCAGAGAAGAAGGCGGGGCUAAGAAAAUUCCAGUUAUAAAAGCUUUCCUCCUCCUGUGCUGAGAGACCAGCAGGAUCCUUGGGUGAAAGAAAAUCCUGCUUGAUAAAAACCGCCACUUAGGAAAAGAUGUCCUUUCGGGGAGCCAGGCUCAGCAUGAGGAACAGAAGGAACGACACUCUGGACAGCACCCGGACCCUGUACUCCAGCGCGUCUCGGAGCACAGACUUGUCUUACAGUGAAAGUGACUUGGCGAAUUUUAUUCAAGCAAAUUUUAAGAAACGAGAAUGUGUCUUCUUUACCAAAGAUUCCAAGGCCACGGAGAAUGUGUGCAAGUGUGGCUAUGCCCAGAGCCAGCACAUGGAAGGCACCCAGAUCAACCAAAGCGAGAAAUGGAACUACAAGAAACACACCAAGGAAUUUCCUACGGAUGCCUUUGGGGAUAUUCAGUUUGAGACACUGGGGAAGAAAGGGAAGUAUAUCCGUCUGUCCUGCGACACGGACGCGGAAAUCCUUUACGAGCUGCUGACCCAGCACUGGCACCUGAAAACACCCAACCUGGUCAUUUCUGUGACCGGGGGCGCCAAGAACUUCGCCCUGAAGCCGCGCAUGCGCAAGAUCUUCAGCCGGCUCAUCUACAUCGCGCAGUCCAAAGGUGCUUGGAUUCUCACAGGAGGCACCCAUUAUGGCCUGAUGAAGUACAUCGGGGAGGUGGUGAGGGAUAACACCAUCAGCAGGAGUUCAGAGGAGAAUAUUGUGGCCAUUGGCAUAGCAGCUUGGGGCAUGGUCUCCAACCGGGACACCCUCAUCAGGAACGGCGAUGCUGAGGGCUAUUUUUCAGCCCAGUACCUUAUGGAUGACUUCACGAGAGAUCCUCUGUAUAUCCUGGACAACAACCACACGCAUUUGCUGCUUGUGGACAAUGGCUGUCAUGGACAUCCCACUGUCGAAGCAAAGCUCCGGGAUCAGCUAGAGAAGUACAUCUCUGAGCGCACUAUUCAAGAUUCCAACUAUGGCGGCAAGAUCCCCAUUGUGUGUUUUGCCCAAGGAGGUGGAAAAGAGACUUUGAAAGCCAUCAAUACCUCCAUCAAAAGUAAAAUUCCUUGUGUGGUGGUGGAAGGCUCGGGCCAGAUUGCUGAUGUGAUCGCCAGCCUGGUGGAGGUGGAGGAUGCCUUGACAUCUUCUGCCAUCAAGGAGAAGCUGGUGCGCUUUUUACCCCGCACGGUGUCCCGGCUGCUUGAGGAGGAGACUGAGAGUUGGAUCAAAUGGCUCAAAGAAAUUCUCGAAUGUUCUCACCUAUUAACAGUUAUUAAAAUGGAAGAAGCUGGGGAUGAAAUUGUGAGCAAUGCCAUCUCCUACGCUCUAUACAAAGCCUUCAGCACCAAUGAGCAAGACAAGGAUAACUGGAACGGGCAGCUGAAGCUUCUGCUGGAGUGGAACCAGCUGGACUUAGCCAAUGAUGAGAUUUUCACCAAUGACCGCCGAUGGGAGUCUGCUGACCUUCAAGAAGUCAUGUUUACGGCUCUCAUAAAGGACAGACCCAAGUUUGUCCGCCUCUUUCUGGAGAACGGCUUGAACCUGCGGAAGUUUCUCACCCAUGAUGUCCUCACUGAACUCUUCUCCAACCACUUCAGCACCCUCGUGUACCGGAAUCUGCAGAUUGCCAAGAAUUCCUAUAAUGACGCCCUCCUCACGUUUGUCUGGAAACUGGUUGCGAACUUCCGAAGAGGCUUCCGGAAGGAAGACAGAAAUGGCCGGGACGAGAUGGACAUAGAACUCCACGACGUGUCUCCUAUUACUCGGCACCCCCUGCAAGCUCUCUUCAUCUGGGCCAUUCUUCAGAACAAGAAGGAACUCUCCAAAGUCAUUUGGGAGCAGACCAGGGGCUGCACUCUGGCAGCCCUGGGAGCCAGCAAGCUUCUGAAGACUCUGGCCAAAGUGAAGAACGACAUCAAUGCUGCUGGGGAGUCCGAGGAGCUGGCUAAUGAGUACGAGACCCGGGCGGCUGAGCUGUUCACUGAGUGUUACAGCAGUGAUGAAGACUUGGCAGAACAGCUGCUGGUCUAUUCCUGUGAAGCUUGGGGUGGAAGCAACUGUCUGGAGCUGGCGGUGGAGGCCACAGACCAGCAUUUCAUCGCCCAGCCUGGGGUCCAGAAUUUUCUUUCUAAGCAAUGGUAUGGAGAGAUUUCCCGAGACACCAAGAACUGGAAGAUUAUCCUGUGUCUGUUUAUUGUACCCUUGGUGGGCUGUGGCUUUGUAUCAUUUAGGAAGAAACCUGUCGACAAGCACAAGAAGCUGCUUUGGUACUACGUGGCGUUCUUCACCUCCCCCUUCGUGGUCUUCUCCUGGAACGUGGUCUUCUACAUUGCCUUCCUCCUGCUGUUUGCCUACGUGCUGCUCAUGGAUUUCCAUUCGGUGCCACACCCCCCUGAGCUGGUCCUGUAUGCACUUGUCUUUGUCCUCUUCUGUGAUGAAGUGAGACAGUGGUACGUAAAUGGGGUGAAUUAUUUUACUGACCUGUGGAAUGUGAUGGACACGCUGGGGCUUUUUUACUUCAUAGCAGGAAUUGUAUUUCGGCUCCACUCUUCUAAUAAAAGCUCUUUGUAUUCUGGACGAGUCAUUUUCUGUCUGGACUACAUUAUUUUCACUCUAAGAUUGAUCCACAUUUUUACUGUAAGCAGAAACUUAGGACCCAAGAUUAUAAUGCUGCAGAGGAUGCUGAUCGACGUGUUCUUCUUCCUGUUCCUCUUUGCGGUGUGGAUGGUGGCCUUCGGCGUGGCCAGGCAAGGGAUCCUUAGGCAGAAUGAGCAGCGCUGGAGGUGGAUAUUCCGUUCGGUCAUCUACGAGCCCUACCUGGCCAUGUUCGGCCAGGUGCCCAGUGACGUGGACGGUACCACGUAUGACUUUGCCCACUGCACCUUCACUGGGAAUGAGUCCAAGCCACUGUGUGUGGAGCUGGAUGAGCACAACCUGCCCCGGUUCCCCGAGUGGAUCACCAUCCCCCUGGUGUGCAUCUACAUGUUAUCCACCAACAUCCUGCUGGUCAACCUGCUGGUCGCCAUGUUUGGCUACACGGUGGGUACUGUCCAGGAGAACAAUGACCAGGUCUGGAAGUUCCAGAGGUACUUCCUGGUGCAGGAGUACUGCAGCCGCCUCAAUAUCCCCUUCCCCUUCAUCAUCUUCGCUUACUUCUACAUGGUGGUGAAGAAGUGCUUCAAGUGUUGCUGCAAGGAGAAAAACAUGGAGUCUUCUCUCUGCUGUUUCAAAAAUGAGGACAACGAGACUCUGGCGUGGGAGGGUGUCAUGAAGGAAAAUUACCUUGUCAAGAUCAACACAAAAGCCAACGACACCUCAGAGGAAAUGAGGCAUCGAUUUAGACAACUGGAUACAAAGAUCAUAUUAAGGAAUGCUGAUGAACAAUUUUGCUAUCGACUACUAAAUGAGAGAUUUUCAGACCCCUGGGUACAUGGUGGAUGAUUUUAAAUCACCCUAGUGUGCUGAAACCUUGAGAAUAAAGUGUGUGAUUGGUUUCACACUUGAAGAUGGAUAUAAAGGAAGAACCUUUCCUUUACGUGUUUCUCCAGAACGGUGCCUGUUUCUUUCUGUGUCUCAAUGCCUGGGACUGGAGGUUGAUAGUUUAAGUGUGUUCUUACAGCCUCCUUUUUCCUUUAAUCUUAUUUUUGACGAACACGUAUAUAGGAGAACAUCUCUCUUAUGGAUAAGAACCUGGUCAUGCUUUACUCCUGUACUGUUAUUUUGUUCAUUUCCAAUUGAUUCUCUACUUUUCCCUUUUUUGUAUUAUGUGACUAAUUAGUUGGCAUAUUGUUAAAAGUCUCCCAAAUUAGGCCAGAUUCUAAAACAUGCUGCAGCAAGAGGACCCCACUCUCUUCAGGAAAAGUGUUUUCAUUUCUCAGGAUGCUUCUUACCUGUCAGAGGAGGUGACAAGGCAGUCUCUUGCUCUCUUGGACUCACCAGGCUCCUACUGAAGGAACCACCCCCAUUCCUAAAUAUGUGAAAAGUCGCCCAAAAUGCAACCUUGAAAGGCACUACUGACUUUGUUCUUACUGGAUACUCCUCUUAUUUCUUAUUUUUCCAUUAAAAAUAAUAGCCUGCUAUUAUAGAAAAUUUAGACCAUACAGAGAUGUAGAAAGAACAUAAAUUGUCCCCCAUUAUCUUAAGGUAAUCACUGCUAACAAUUUCUGGAUGGUUUUUCAAGUCUAUUUUUUUUCUAUGUAUGUCUCAAUUCUCUUUCAAAAUUGUACAGAAUGUUAUCAUACUACAUAUAUACUUUUUAUGUAAGCUUUUUCACUUAAUAUUUUAUCAAAAUGUUUUUAUUAUAUUCAUAGCCUUCUUAAUUAAACAUUAUAUCAAUAAUUGCAUAAUAGGCAACCUCUAGUGAUUUCCAUAAUUUUGCUCAUUGAAGGCUGUUUCCAGUUGAUCAUUGGGAUGAGCAUCUUUGUGCAUGAAUCUUUUCGCUGUAUUUUGGAAAAUUUUCCAAGGUUAGAUUCCAAUAAAUAUCUAUUAUUAAAUAUUAAAAUAUUUAUUAUUAAAACCA